AUGAUGAAAGCUGAAGCACCUGUUGAUGAAUCGUCUGCCUCGUUGGGAAGUACUCUCUUGCGGCCUCUCUCCACGUUUCACCAAACGUUGAUUGACCGUCUUGCUCCACAUAGAAUUAUACGUUGGCUCAUUGCGUUCUUUUUGUUAUGUCUCUACAUCACCCGUGUGGCAUACCUCCAGGGCUUUCACAUCAUCAGCUACGCCCUUGCUAUUUAUUUGCUCAGUCUUUUCAUAGCUUCGAUAUCCCCCAAGGUUGAUCCUGCGUUCGCUGAAAUAUUUGACGAAGCACCCACUCUACCCCGGACUGAAGGUGACGAGUUCAGACCGUUCAUCCCCAGAUUGUUGGAGUCGAAAUUCUGGUUAUCCACAGUGAGAGCCAUUACAGUCAGCAUUAUCUGCACGUUCUUCCCAUUUUUGGAUAUCCCGGUGUUUUGGCCAAUUCUCGUUCUCUACUUUCUUAUGCUAUUCACGCUUAUGAUGAAACGGCAAAUCAAGCACAUGAUCAAAUAUCGCUAUAUGCCAUUCACCUAUGGCAAGCCGAAGCACGCGGGGAACAGCGGGAAGGAGCAACCGAGCCCUAAUCUAACAUUUGGAUCAUAA